AGCCCCACCUGGGCAGGACCACAAGGACGAGGUCCCUCCUAGUUCUCUGUCUAUGGGUCUGGCCCAGACUCCACUGCCCAGACCAGGCUGGUGCUGGAAGAUUGUCCAUGACCUCAGAGGCCUCUUCCAGAAGCUGCCGCGCCAGGAUCGGAAUGCCACGGAGGCUGGCCCGGGAGGAGGACAGCACCAUCCUGAUCGACAUGGUCCCCAUUGCCAAGAAUGAGGAUUCAUACGGGAGCACAGCCAGCACCUCACAGCUGAAUGGACACCAGGAGGCCGCCGGCAGGGUGGGGAGCCCUUCCAAGCCCCGAGUAGCAGACUUUGUCCUUGUUUGGGAGGAAGACCUGAAGCUGGGUGAGCAGCAGGACAGCACCAUCAGGGACAAGACAGACACACACGCAGCCUGGAGGGAGACCUUUCUGGAGAACCUCCGUGCAGCUGGGCUGUGUGUGGACCAGCGCACCAUGCAGGACGGGCCAGGCACUGUGCAUUACAUCCUCCUCAGCGCCCCCUGGGCCGUGCUCUGCUACUACGCAGAAGACCUGCGCCUCAAGCUGCCCCUGCAGGAGCUGCCCAACCAGGCCUCCAACUGGUCAGCGGGCCUGCUGGCGUGGCUGGGCAUCCCCAACAUCCUGCAGGAGGACGUGCCUGGUGUGCCCCCCGAGUACUACUCCUGCCAGUUCAAACUGAGCAAGCUGUCAAGGUUCCUUGGGAGUGACAACCAGGACACCUUCUUCACCAGCACCAAGAGGCACCAAAUUAGUACGGACUGGGAGCCAGCUGUGUGCAGCCAGGGCCUGGGUUCAGAUCCAGACUGGACCCCUCUGUUUGCCAUCCUGGCUAAGACCCUAUAUGGCCACGAGAAGAAAGGCCUGUUUGGGAUUGACCAGCUGCUGGCAGAGGGCGUCUUCACCGCGGCCUUCCCCCUGCAUGAUGGCCCAUUUAGGACCCCCCUGGAGGGCACACAGGCUUCAGGCCUCACCCAGAGGCAGAUCCUGUUCCAGUACUGGGCUCGCUGGCACAAGUGGUACAAGUGCCAGCCUCUGGACCACGUGCGCAGCUACUUCGGGGAGAAGGUGGCCCUCUACUUCGCCUGGCUCGGGUUCUACACGGGCUGGCUCCUGCCAGCAGCAGCGGUGGGCACUCUGGUGUUCCUGGUGGGCUGCUUUAUGGUGUUCUCAGAUGUGCCCACGCAGGAGCUGUGCAGUAGCGCGGAUAAUUUUGAGAUGUGCCCGCUCUGCCUCGACUGCCCGUUCUGGCUGCUGUCCAGCUCCUGUAGCCUGGUCCAGGCCAGCCGGCUCUUCGACCACGGAGGCACCGUCUUCUUCAGCAUGUUCAUGGCGCUGUGGGCUGUGCUGCUCCUGGAGCACUGGAAACGCAUGAGCGCUACGCUGGCCUACCGCUGGGGCUGCUCUGACUACGAAGACAUCGAGGAGAGGCCUAGGCCCCAGUUUGCUGCCUCGGCUCCCAUGACGGCCCUGAACCCCAUCACUGGGGAGGACGAGCCCUACUUCCCGGAGAGGAGCCGCCUACGCCGAGUGCUGGCGGGAUCUGUGGUGGUGGUGAUGAUGGUGGCUGUGGUCAUCAUGUGCCUCGUGUCCAUCAUCCUGUACCGGGCCAUCAUGGCCAUCCUCAUGUCCCGGUUGAACAACACCGUCCUCGCAGCUUGGGCCUCACGCAUUGCCAGCUUCACAGGGUCCGUGGUGAACCUGGUCUUCAUCCUCAUCCUCUCCAAGAUCUACAUGGCCCUGGCUCACAUCCUGACGAGAUGGGAAAUGCACCGCACCCAGACCAAGUUUGAGGAUGCCUUCACCCUCAAGGUGUUCAUCUUCCAGUUUGUCAACUUCUACUCCUCCCCCAUCUACAUCGCCUUCUUCAAGGGCAGGUUUGUGGGAUACCCGGGCAACUAUCACACCUUGUUUGGGGUCCGCAAUGAGGAGUGUGCGGCAGGAGGCUGCCUCAUCGAGCUGGCACAGGAGCUUCUGGUUAUCAUGGUGGGAAAGCAAAUCAUCAACAACGUGCAGGAGAUCCUUGUCCCGAAGCUACAGAGUUGGUGGCAGAAGUUCCGUCUGCGUUCCAAGAAGAGGAAGGCCAGGCCUCGGGAGGCAGCUGGCCAGGAACCCUGGGAGGCUGAUUACGAGCUUCUGCCCUGCAAAGGCCUAUUUCAAGAGUACCUGGAAAUGGUGCUGCAGUUCGGCUUCGUCACCAUCUUCGUGGCCGCGUGCCCGCUCGCGCCCCUCUUCGCGCUGCUCAACAACUGGGUGGAGAUCCGCCUGGACGCGCGCAAAUUCGUCUGCCAGCACCGGCGCCCGGUGGCCGAGCGCGCGCAGGACAUCGGCAUCUGGUCCCACAUCCUGGCGGGCAUCGCACACCUGGCAGUGGUCAGCAACGCCUUUCUGCUGGCCUUCACGUCAGACUUCUUGCCACGUGCCUACUACCGGGGAACCCGCGCCGGCGACCUCCAUGGCUUCGUCAACUUCACGCUGGCGAGCGCCCCGCCCGCCUUCACGGCUGCGCACAACCGCACGUGCAGGUACCAGGCUUUCAGGGAAGAUGAUGGGCAGUAUUCUCCGACCUACUGGAAUCUUCUGGCUAUCCGCCUGGCCUUCGUUAUCGUGUUUGAGCACGUGGUGUUCUCCAUUAGCCGGGUCCUUGACCUCCUGAUACCCGACAUUCCCGAGUCUGUGGAGGUCAAGGUGAAGCGGGAGUACUACCUGGCCAAGCAGGCACUGGCUGAGAAUGAGGCUCUCUCUGGUACAAAUGGAGCAAAGGACACCAGAUUCCUGGGCUUGGAGAAAAGUCUGGGCUCACAGCUUACAACGCCAGGAGUCGGCCAGGCCUCACCAGUCCCUUCUGAGGUCACGGGAGUCACCUCAAGUCGGUAGCCACAGCUGGAGGGCAGGGACUCCCGAGGCCCCAGAGCUAUUACAGGCUCGAUGCCCUCAGAAGCCACAGCUCACCUCCUGCCCCUUCUUGGCCCCAAGUGCUGUGACCUCAGUGACCCUGGGUCUCUGCUCAGGCACCUUACCUCCCGGGUGCUGGCUGGGGGCCCCCAAGGCCAGCUGACUGUAGCAAUAGCUGGAGCUGCUCCCUGGCCUCUCCCUCCCGGCCCCAGGGCAGGUAGCUCCACUGGUGUGGACCAGCUGUGCUGGCCUGCCUCACCCCUGCUCAGGGGCCAAUGCUUGCUUCCCUCCCAGCGCUUUGCCUCUCUGCUCUCAGGGCACUGCUGACCCAUCUCCCACAUGCCAGCUGGGAGAAACACACCAGACACUAGAACUAUCUGUGCAUCUCCAGUUACCACUUAAGAGCAUGCUGAAGACAUCCCUGGUUUCACAGGACAUGCUGCAUGACAAAAUGAGUUGUAGCACACUCUAUCUGGUUUCAUGUUUUAUUUUAGAAUUUAUAAAAUUCCAGUGUCAUCCAUAUUCAUAAGCCUUUACACAUGUUUGCAUAUAAUCUCCAGGUUCCAAAAUUAAGGCCAAGGGAUGGAUCAUAGCUAUGGAAACACAUGAUAUGGAAGACAUUCAACAAAGGAAAUGGACACGCACACCCCACCCUGCCCAGGGCUGUCCCAGCUGCAGGAGACCAGGCCUGGGCGGGGUCACCAAGCAAUCUUUAGUAACAACCACCAAAAACAGAGCACACAAGAUCCCAAAUACAGUUUUGGGGGAGAGAGGGGGUUUGCGUCUACAACAUUUAGCAAUAAAUGCAGAUGUGCAAAAAAC